AUGCCACCCGCAACCAUCAAGACUGAUAUUUGUUUGAACGUUUACGAUUUGCAGGAUAAUAACACACUGUAUGUGUAUGGACUUGGAAUCUAUCACAGCGGAUUGCAAAUUGGAGCUACUGAAUUUACUUUCGGAAGAGAAGGAUGCUUUAGUCAUGAACCAAAGAAGGCUCCUAUGGUUCCACUGAGAGAAUCAAUUUAUUUGACAAGUGUAGAACUUCCAAGAGACAGAAUUAUGGCUAUCGUUGAUGAAGUGUCAAAAGAAUUCAACAAAUUGCGAUAUCAUUUGCUUGAUAGAAAUUGCAACCAUUAUGCUAAGGCUUUGUAUGAAAGAAUAUUAGACAGAUGCGGCAGACAGGUGAAAGAAUCAGCAGUUCCUAUCCCUGCAUAUGUCAAUCGAAGUGCAUGGUGGGGUUCAAAGCUGAAGUGCUUGAUGCCUCCACAAUUGUUAAACACACCUGUCCCCUCAUCUGCCGAAGGAACUGAGGCUGGUGACGAGGCCCCUUCAUUUACAGCAUUUCAGGGUAGCGGCAGGACGCUAAGUGGAAAAACUGUGACAACAAAUGACAAGAAAAACAAGGGAUUUUUCUCUUCUCUUUUUUCAAAAGACGAUACCAAAGAAUCUGAGAUGAAAUAUUAUGAGAAAAAUGAAGAAAAAGGAAAUACUCUAAAUAGAAGAGAGAAACUGUUAAUGGCUGCAGAGAAAAGACUAUCCAAUAAGGCACAAAUAUCUUCUGAUUAA